GGCGGAGGGCGCAGCUCGAGGCCCGGGGUCCCCUCCUGGUGCUGGUUCCACAGCCGGGUUAACCCUGCAGCCAGCUGGGGCGCAGGGCCCGUGGACUGCGCACUCUGCGGCUGCGAAAACCCGGAGAGGCAGAUGGGAGCGCUCGAGGCGCUCGCAGCCAACUCCUCCGCGGUCCGGCCGCCAAGCUGGGCAUGCUCAGUGCGGCCGCCGCGCCGCCGUCCGCCAACUCGGGAGCUCGCGCUCCCGGGGCCGUGGGGGCGAGAACGCCGGCGACAGCGAGCGACGCCCCCAGGCAGUCGCAAACUUCGCGGCGUCCGCAGUCUGGCGAGCCAGACACCUCGCAACGUCAAAUCCAAUUCCCCAACCCUAUCGGAGCGAUGGAGGCUGCGGCCGCCAGGGCGUCCCGGCCGCCCGCCCCUGCCUAGCCUCUAGCUGGGGACCAACAGCGCCACGGCGAGCCAGAGUGGAGGGAAGAGGGAGUCUGUCUGCAAAGUGCUGCUCCCUGGUGCUCAGAGGCGGCUGCUCCAGCUCCAACUCUCAUUCAUUUCGCCGGUUAACAUGAGAGAUCAUGGCCGCCUUCGGGCUUCUCAGCUAUGAGCAGAGACCGCUGAAGCGCCCGCGGCUCGGGCCGCCCGACGUCUACCCGCAGGACCCUAAGCAGAAGGAGGAUGAACUUACAGCUGUGAAUGUAAAGCAGGGAUUCAACAACCAGCCAGCCUUCACUGGAGACGAACAUGGCUCAGCCAGAAACAUUGUAAUCAACCCAUCCAAGAUCGGUGCAUAUUUCAGCAGCAUAUUGGCUGAGAAACUGAAGCUUAACACUUUCCAGGACACCGGAAAGAAAAAACCCCAAGUCAAUGCUAAAGACAAUUACUGGCUGGUUACGGCCCGAUCGCAGAGUGCCAUUCAUAGUUGGUUCUCUGACCUAGCAGGGAAUAAACCACUUGCUAUUUUGGCAAAAAAGGAGCUGCCUCUGGCCAAGUCAGGUGUCCCUCAGGUCCCCAUCCUCAGUAAAAAAGAGGACGUCUUUGCAUAUUUAGCUAAGUAUUCUGUGCCAAUGGUUCGAGCAACGUGGCUGAUCAAGAUGACUUGUGCCUAUUAUUCUGCUAUUUCUGAAGCUAAAAUCAAGAAACGCCAGGCUCCGGAUCCCAAUUUGGAGUGGACACAGAUAUCUACCAGAUACCUCAGAGAGCAGUUGGUCAAAAUCUCUGACUUUUACCACAUGGCUUCCAGUACAGGUGAUGGUCCUGUCCCUGUGCCACCAGAGGUUGAGCAAGCCAUGAAGCAAUGGGAGUACAAUGAGAAGCUGGCAUUUCACAUGUUCCAGGAAGGAAUGUUGGAAAAGCACGAGUAUUUGACGUGGAUCCUGGACGUCUUAGAGAAGAUCAGGCCGGUGGAUGACAGCCUUCUCAAGCUACUUUUGCCUCUGAUGUUGCAGUAUUCGGAUGAGUUUGUCCAGUCAGCUUACCUGUCCCGUCGUCUAGCGUACUUUUGUGCCCGGCGUCUUUCCUUGCUACUGAGUGAGAGCCCCAACCUCCUUGCUGCUCACUCACCCCACAUGAUAAUCGGAACAAACAACACGAGUAUUGGGACCCCCAGUCCUGGCACCCCUGGCCCUGGUAUGAGCCCCGUGCAGCUGGCCUUCUCGGAUUUCCUUUCCUGUGCACAGCACGGCCCCUUGGUUUAUGGACUUAGUUGUAUGUUGCAGACUGUCACUCUGUGUUGCCCAAGUGCCUUGGUGUGGAAUUAUUCCACAAAUGAAAAUAAGAUCGCAAACCCAGGCUCUCCCCUGGAUCUGCUGCAGGUUGCCCCGUCCAGCCUCCCGAUGCCGGGUGGGAACACGGCUUUCAAUCAACAGGUUCGGGCAAGGAUUUAUGAGGUAGAGCAGCAGAUAAAGCAACGAGGGCGUGCAGUGGAAGUUCGGUGGUCUUUUGACAAGUGUCAGGAGUCAACGGCAGGGGUGACAAUUAGUCGGGUUUUGCACACACUGGAAGUCUUAGAUCGUCAUUGUUUUGACCGAACUGAUUCCAGCAACUCAAUGGAGACUCUUUAUCAUAAAAUUUUCUGGGCAAACCAAAACAAAGAUAACCAAGAGGUUGCCCCCAAUGAUGAAGCUGUGGUGACGUUGUUAUGUGAAUGGGCUGUGAGCUGCAAGCGGUCUGGCAAGCACAGGGCCAUGGCUGUGGCGAAGCUCUUGGAGAAAAGGCAAGCAGAGAUUGAGGCAGAGAGAUGUGGGGAAUCAGAAGUCCUGGACGAGAAAGAGUCAAUUUCUUCAGCAUCGCUUGCAGGAUCUAGUUUGCCUGUUUUCCAGAAUGUUUUGCUGAGGUUUUUAGAUACACAGGCCCCAUCGCUGUCGGACCCGAACAGUGAAUGUGAAAAGGUAGAGUUCGUGAACUUGGUGCUGCUCUUCUGUGAGUUUAUCCGCCACGAUGUCUUUUCCCACGAUGCCUACAUGUGCACCCUCAUCUCUCGAGGAGACUUGUCAGUUACUGCCUCCACGGGGCUGCGAUCGCCAGCAGGAGAGAAUUCAGAUGAACACUACUCAAAGGAUCACGAUAUGAAGAUGGAGGAGCACAGUGUUAUGGCGCACAUGGGCCUUGGCUCAGGAACCACUAACAUUUUUGAUGACGUAGACAAGAGUGACUUUAAAAGUGACUUUGGUUCUGAGUUUCCAAUUUUUUCUCCCAUGCCUGGAGAGUCCUGUGAGAAUAUCAACCCUUCUUUGAGCAGAAGAAUGUCAGUCAAUGGUGAGAAACUGCUAAAGAGAGAAAAACCGAGAGAAUUAAUUUUCCCAUCAAAUUAUGACCUCCUCCGACACCUGCAGUAUGCAACCCACUUUCCUAUACCUCUGGAUGAAUCUUCAAGUCAUGAAUGUAACCAGCGCACCAUCCUUCUCUAUGGAGUUGGAAAAGAGCGUGAUGAAGCCAGGCAUCAGCUGAAGAAAAUUACCAAAGAUAUCCUCAAAAUCCUGAACAAGAAGAGUACCACAGAAUCAGGGGUUGGGGACGAAGGACAGAAAGCCAGGAAGAACAAGCAGGAAGUUUUUCCAACCCCAGAAAAUGUAUUCACGAAACUCCAGCUCCUCUCAUACUUUGAUCAACAUCAAGUAACAUCUCAGAUCUCUAACAAUGUGCUGGAACAAAUCACAAGCUUUGCAUCUGGAACAUCCUAUCACCUCCCAUUGGCUCACCAUAUUCAGCUCAUCUUUGAUCUCAUGGAGCCAGCGCUGAACAUCAAUGGGCUAAUUGACUUUGCCAUACAGUUGCUGAAUGAACUGAGUGUGGUGGAAGCCGAGCUGCUGUUGAAGUCCUCUAGCCUGGCAGGAAGUUACACUACAGGACUGUGUGUCUGCAUUGUGGCGGUACUCAGGCGGUACCAUAGUUGCCUGAUCCUAAAUCCUGAUCAGACAGCCCAGGUGUUUGAAGGGUUGUGUGGUGUGGUGAAGCAUGUUGUCAACCCCUCAGAAUGUUCUUCUCCUGAACGAUGUAUCUUGGCCUACCUCUAUGACCUCUAUGUAUCCUGCAGCCACCUCAGAAGUAAAUUUGGAGACCUUUUUAGUAGUGCCUGUUCAAAAGUGAAGCAGACCAUAUAUAACAAUGUAAUGCCUGCAAAUUCCAACUUACGCUGGGAUCCAGACUUUAUGAUGGAUUUUAUUGAGAAUCCCUCCGCAAGAAGCAUCAAUUAUUCAAUGCUGGGCAAGAUCCUCAAUGACAAUGCUGCCAAUCGGUACAGCUUUGUGUGCAACACCCUCAUGAAUGUGUGCAUGGGACACCAGGAUGCCGGCCGGAUAAAUGACAUAGCCAAUUUCUCCUCUGAGCUAACUGCUUGCUGUACUGUUCUGAGUUCAGAGUGGCUGGGGGUUCUGAAGGCUCUUUGUUGUUCCUCAAAUCAUGUGUGGGGAUUUAAUGAUGUCCUCUGCACUGUGGAUGUGAGUGACCUUUCAUUCCAUGACUCAUUAGCUACUUUCAUUGCUAUCCUGAUAGCACGACAGUGUUUCUCCCUGGAAGAUGUCGUGCAACACGUCGCACUUCCCUCGCUCCUGGCGGCAGCUUGUGGAGAUGCGGAUGCAGAGCCGGGGGCAAGAAUGACGUGCCGCCUCCUGCUUCACCUCUUCCGAGCCCCUCAGGCCUGCUUUUUCCCUCAGGGAACAGGCAAACCUUUCCCCGGAAUAAGAUCAUCUUGUGAUCGACACCUCUUAGCUGCAGCUCACAACAGCAUAGAAGUGGGAGCUGUUUUUGCUGUCUUAAAGGCAAUUAUGAUGCUUGGAGACGCCAAAAUUGGCAGUAACAAUGUCAACACGUUAAAGAAUGAUGACUUCAGCAUGAGGGGUUUACGACGUGAUGGGAAUGCCGAGGACGCCUGGGCCACCUCGCAGAACUCAAAAUCCUAUGGGAAAAGUAUCUCCAUAGAAACUGCGAAUCUGAGAGAAUACGCUAGAUACGUACUGAGGACGAUCUGCCAGCAGGAAUGGGUAGGCGAACAUUGCUUAAAAGAACCAGAGCGACUGUGUACAGACAAAGAACUGAUACUGGACCCCGUACUUUCAAACAUGCAAGCACAGAAAUUGUUGCAGCUCAUCUGUUACCCUCAUGGCAUUAAGGAGUGUACAGAGGGGGACAACCUGCAAAGACAGCACAUUAAGCGCAUCCUUCAGAAUCUUGAGCAGUGGACGUUGAGACAGUCCUGGCUAGAGCUUCAGCUCAUGAUCAAACAGUGCCUGAAGGACCCUAGCUCUGGUUCUGUGGCCGAGAUGAAUAACUUACUGGACAAUAUCGCAAAGGCAACAAUAGAAGUGUUCCAGCAGUCUGCAGACCUCAAUAAUAACGCCUCCAAUUCUGGCAUGAGCCUCUUCAACCCAAACACUAUUGGAAGUGUUGAUCCAAGCAGCACAAGACAGAAUGGAAUAAAGACAUUCUUAAGUUCCUCUGAACGCAGGGGUGUGUGGCUGGUGGCCCCCCUCAUCGCCAGGCUGCCAACGUCUGUGCAGGGAAGAGUGUUGAAAGCCGCUGGGGAAGAGCUGGAGAAGGGACAGCACCUGGGUUCUUCUUCAAAGAAGGAAAGAGAUAGGCAGAAGCAGAAAAGUAUGUCUCUUUUGAGUCAGCAACCUUUCCUCUCCUUGGUCCUGACCUGCCUUAAGGGGCAAGAUGAGCAACGGGAAGGCCUCUUAACAUCUCUGCAGAAUCAAGUUAAUCAGAUUUUAAGUAACUGGAGGGAAGAAAGGUACCAAGAUGAUACAAAAGCCCGCCAGAUGAUGCAUGAGGCCUUACAGCUCCGCCUGAAUCUGGUGGGAGGAAUGUUUGACACGGUCCAGCGGAGCACGCAGGGGACCACCGACUGGGCUCUCCUCCUUCUCCAGAUAAUUACUUCAGGAACUGUAGACAUGCACACUAACAAUGAAUUAUUCACAACGGUUCUUGACAUGCUGGGCGUUUUGAUCAAUGGGACAUUGGCCUCUGACCUAUCAACUGCUUCCCCCGGGGGAUCAGAAGAGAACAAACGUGCAUACAUGAAUUUAGUAAAGAAACUGAAAAAAGAACUAGGAGACAAGAGGUCAGAAAGCAUUGACAAAGUUCGACAGUUGCUGCCUUUGCCAAAACAGACCUGUGAUGUCAUCACAUGUGAACCCAUGGGCUCUUUGAUUGAUACAAAGGGAAACAAAAUUGCUGGAUUUGACUCUAUUGAUAAAAAACAGGGUCUCCAGGUCUCUACGAAGCAGAAAGUGUCCCCAUGGGACCUGUUUGAGGGUCAGAAGAACCCAGCUCCUCUGUCCUGGGCCUGGUUCGGCACUGUCCGUGUGGACCGGAAGGUGAUCAAGUAUGAGGAGCAGCACCACUUCCUUCUGUACCACACACACACCAUGCCCAAGCCCCGAAGCUACUACCUCGAGCCACUGCCCCUGCCCCCUGAGGAGGAAGAGGAAGAACCCACGUCUCCAGUUUCUCAGGAACCAGAAAGGAAAUCAGCCGAGCUGUCAGAUCAAGGGAAAACAACAGCUGACGAAGAGAAGAAGACAAAGGGAAGGAAGCGUAAGACAAAAUCGAGCUCACGCAUCGAUGAGUAUCAACAGACCAACAUAUACCGAGUGCCUCCUAAUUACUCCCCCAUGUCCUCCCAAAUGAUGCAUCAUCCUCAGCCCACUCUGUGGGGUUACAACCUGGUGAGCCAGCCUCAGCAGCCUAGCUUUUUCCUUCAGAAUCAGUCUCUGAAUCCAGGCGGCUCCAGAUUGGACCCUGCGGGCUCCUUCGUCCCGACCAAUACCAAGCAAGCUUUGUCCAACAUGCUGCAGAGACGCUCAGGCGCCAUGCUGCAGCCACCCUCCCUUCAUGCAGUCACGUCUCAGCAGCAGCUGCUACAGAUGAAGCUUCUGCAGCAGCAGCAGCAGCAACAGCAGCAGCAGCAGCAGCGGCUUCUCAGGCAGGCCCAGACUCGACCUUUCCAACAGGGCCAGCCAGGGGACCAGGCUGCUCUCUUUACUGCACAAGCACGGCCCUCCCCUCAGCUCCCUCAGUAUCCAGGGCUGCAACAAGCACAGACCAUGCCGCAGGGCUACACAAUGUAUGGAACACAGAUGCCUUUGCAACAGGCAGCUCAGCAGCAGCCUGGUGGGGUGGUCCUUUCCCCCAGCUACAACUCCAGGGCCUAUCCGGCUGCACAUUCCAGCCCAGCACUGAUGGAAAGACUCCGGCAGCUUCAGCAGCAGCCAAGUGGCUACGUGCAGCAGCAGGCCUCCCCGUACCUGCAGCCCGUAGCUGGCUCUCAGAGACUGAACCACCAGGCUCUACAGCAGAGCCCUCUGGUGGGCGGGGGAAUUGAUGCUGUGCUGACUCCCGCACAUCCCAACCUCCCCUCGGUGCCCCUGCCUCAGGACCCAAUGAGGCCCAGACAGCAGCAAGUUCGACAGCAGCAGAGACUCCUCCAGAUGCAGCAGCCCCAGCAGGCCCCCCAGCCCCAGCAGCCCUCACAGACCCAGAGUCAGGCCCUUGGUCUCCAAGCAAUGCAGCCCCAGCAGCCUUUGUUCCCCAGGCAAGGCUUGCAGCAGACCCAGCAACAGCAACAGACAGCCGCCCUGGUGCGACAGCUCCAGAAGCAGCUUUCUAGUAACCAGCCACAGCAAGGAGUGACUCCCUGUGCGCACCCUUCACACUUUUGAAUCAGAAAGAGAAGACAUGAAGUUUAUGUUUGCACUGAAAAACAGAAAAUCAAAUUUAGUAGUCAUCAUAUGAAGUCUCCUUUGGUCUUUGGUUUAUUUAUGUUUUCCUACAUUUUAUGCUACAUUUCAUAGAGAGGUAUUUAAAUAAGUAAAGGAGUCAUGGUUUGGUUUUUAUCAUAUUUAAAGUAGGUUUUAAAAUGUGGAUCAUGCAGGCCUACUCCAGAUAGUGUGGUAGCAGACCUUUUGAAACUGGUGCUUUUUUAUCUCAUAUUUACAUAAAGAAUGAAUUAUGGUAGGUUUAAAUAUUUAUGUAUUCAUUAAUGUUUUUUUUUAACCCGUGGUGGACCAAACUACUGAUUGGAAAGAUGUGGCGGGUCUCAUGGGAGUGGACACAUUCGCUUUUCACUCGACCGUGGUGGUCGGGUGAAUGUUUCUUAGCAUCACUUUAAUUUGAAAUGUUGAUCAUGUUCAUAAGCACUUUAUAAACUUUGUUCGCAUUUAUGAAGGACUUUGCUUCGCUUUUGUUGUGGUCCAAAGGUGCUGAAACAGAUUGUUGCGUAGUACUCCGCUUCUUCAGGGCUUCUGCCAGAGCCACCCUGAGAUCUGUGGGAGCCUCUUAGAAGCAGCUGCGUUCAAAUUUGUUCCCAGUGGCAAAAUAACCUUUAACCAGAUUCUUCAUGAAGGUACAACAUAUAAACAUGGGAGGCCAGAAGACCAAACCAUGGUGGAAUCAAUCCCUUUACUUACUGCCAGUUUUGGUAAAAAAAAUAAAAAAGAAGAAGAAGAAGAAGAAGAAGAAGAAGAAGAAGAAGAAGAAGAAGAAGAAGAAGAAGAAGAAGAAGAAGAAGAAGAAGAAGAAGAAGAAAAGAAAAGAACUGUCCAGUUUAAGUUCUUGAGAACCUUAUGCCAACUUGAGAAAAAUAAAAUAAAACAAAAUCUCCCAGCUGGCCUUAGAUUCCACAGUGCUCAGACUUGACAUGGUUUCCAGAGACUCUGGCCCCACAGUCCAGAGGGUUCUGGUAGUCAUCAAAGGUAUACUUGCUGUUAAUUUUUUAUGGUAAGUAUUUACAAUUUUGAAUUUAAUUAUUAAUGUUGGUGUCAGUCUUGGUUGUGUAUUGCUUCUACUGUAUUUAUAAACCGGUGCAAAAAGCACAAGUAAAGUAAAUUAUACAUCAAAUUUAUUAUAAAGAAAUAGUAACUAUUUUAACUUUGUUCAAGUAUGUGGUAAUUUGCUCCUAUUAGAGUGAAAAAAUACAGUAAAUUAUUAUCAGUUUGUGUAACUUAAGAGUAUUCCGUAUAAUAUUUUUUUAGAUUUAGAUGCAUACAAUUUUGAAUGUGAAAAUUGCAGGGCAUUUUAAGACAUGUAGGGAUCUUUCCCAGUCCUUUGUUGGGUUCACUUUCUUUUUGCCAUAUGAUUUCACAUGUAAUGUAGUCAAGCAUACUGUGAAUAGAUUGUCUAUGAAGAGCUAACCCUGUAGAACUACUUUUUUAAAAUGUAGCUAGUAACGACUUCAGACGAUUUCUUUCGCAGAUCAUUAUUAUAAAUAAUUUAUAUCUUCCUAGGUGAGUUACUCAUUGCAAAGUUUGGCUUAUUCAAAUGACCUCAGACCCAUGUUUGCUCACUUUGCCAUGGCGACUUCAUGUGAACUGCUUUGUACACUGUGAAAUAUACCCCUCCAGCCUGCUUGUUUUGUGUUUACUCUGGGCUGGAAAAGAAUUGCCAAACAUUAAAGACCAUUCUUCCCACUGAGUUCACUCCCAUUCUCUCUGCUCUCAGACAGUGCAGAACAUUUCAGUGGUCCCAUAUGUCUGCUUUGCUUUCCUCUCCAGAGUCAUUCUUAAAAUUCAUGAAACUAUUUUUCCCCCCAAGGUAAUAUACCCUAUGACUGUGUUCGCAAAACCACCGAAGUGUGAAUGUUGUGCCUAGUGAGUGGGUCAUAUCCUGUCCUCUCUGGUCUUUAUUCAAUGAUUGUUGAUGGUUAAAACCCCAGUUUCAGUUUGACCCUUAUGUGUUUUGUAGCUGAGCAUUGCGAACAGCAGGGUGCGUGUUAGCAUUGCAUAGCAUUUGUACGCACUUUACCCCUUGCAGAAGUUAAUUUAUUAAUCAUUUUGCACAUGAAUGCUAUGGUUAUCCUUUUGUCAUUGUCUGUUUUGUUUGUUAACACGAGGAAGGUAAAUCAUGCUUAAAGCCCUCUCGUUCUGAGAAGCUGUGGGGGAUGAGGAAAAACCUAGAACUAUUUUUCCCUGUGUGUUACAAGGAAAGCAACUGGAAUUUUAAAUUUAGUUAUUAUAUUUACUGCCACUUAAUUCUGCAUUCUGAGAGGUUUUAUUUCUUCCAUAGCAAAUGCAUGUGGUUUGGCAUUAAAAUUGUCCUAAGGAAAAGCUCUAUUGCAGAACCUUGUCAUUUGCUGAGUGGGUUGCAGAUAGGAAAUUAAAGACCAGACCUUGAAAUCUAAUGGAAUUGGGUAUACUUACCAUUUCUGGCUAUAAGAACCCCUUAACACACGUGUUAUAUUGUAGGCUGAUUCCUUAGAGGGUGGCAUUUCUUGUUUCAUGUCCUCUUCUUCAUCCAAAAGUAGAGGGAGAUUACUCUACAGUGGGUGUCAUUUGACCUCUGGCAGCCAUAGAGUACCUGUGCUAACUGUAGUCGGCUCAUGACUGAGGUAGGGGCCAAAAGAAAGCAGGCAUCAUGGAGACACGGUGAAGUAAAGUCCCAGAUGAUUGGCAUGAGCUAACAAAGCUCUUAGUGUUCUGGGCUCACUGAAUGGCUUUUGCUUUUUAAUUUACAAGGCUCCUACAAUUUAUAAAUAGAAGAAAUUUGGACAGAAGCCAGAGAAAUUAUUCUAGAAAAAUCCCAGCCUUUAGAAUAAAAGAGGUAAAUCAUAUGAUACCCUCACGUACAUUUGGGUUAAAUGAAACCUGUAAUAUUGAUACGGUGAAUUAUAAAAAUAAAAUCCAAAAUUUAAGUACAGUGAAACUUCAUUAUAUAGAAGCAGUUGUCUAGACUCUUGGAGGGAUUCCUCCUUAGAAAGUCUUUCUUAAGGGUGGCUCCAAACCAUGGGUGCCUGAGCUAGGUUUUCAAGUUAUAAAGAAGUUUCAUUGUACCUGUAAAGCAUUUCAGGAUGACAGAGGUGUUGACAAAUGUGAAACACACUUUGCACUUCCCAAUGUGUGAGCAUUAGGCUGCCUUUACGUGUAGAAAAGCUAGCCUGCAUUUGUUUUGUUUUGUUUUGUUUUUGUUUUUGUUUUUGUUUUGUUUCAUUUUCUUUAAUGCAGGUAUUAAAACAAUGGGAACUUUCAGUGUGAACAAAUGGUAAACUAAUGAUCAUAAUCAAAACAGUUCUGUACUUUGUCUUCUGUAGGUUUUAUCAAAAUGUUUAUAAACCAGUGACAAAAUAUUUGUACAUUGAGAUUAACACAGACUGCAAACUUAAUCUUUCACGUUGUCUCCAUUCAUUCUGUGUGCGAUGUUUGUAAUAUUGGUAGAAAAUGGAUACGAGGCAGCUGGCAACUGUUAGCGAGAGGAAGGUCUUUUUACUGAAAAUUCAGGUGCAUUAGCUAUUUGUUAAUUUGUAGUGGAUCAUUUUCUCUUAAUGUUUGUUAUUAUUUGUUGGCAAAAUCAAAGUGCCUUAAGUUAAGAGUUUGCUUUGAAAUCCAUAGAAACUCAGUAUCAGUUCACAAUGCAUUUAUUUACAAGUCUCAUUGCAUGUCCAUUGUAAAUUUAAUACUGUAAAUGUACUCAGAUUCAUUUACAUGUCUAUGGCUGCCUUUGAUUAAACUU